GGGGCUCCGCCACCAACUAUCCGCGCAGUGCGCCCUAGGGCAGGGGGAGACCGGGCAGCUGGGCGCCUGCGAUCUCGGCGGCAUUUGCAGCGCCACAUGCCGCUCUAGAACCCCGCUGGCGCUCGCGGGCGCAGAGCUAGAACCCGGCGCAGGGCGUUCUAAGCGCGGGGGGACAGGGAGGGUGUCCGCUGCUCCCGCUCCACGUGCAGUGCUGGAAACCGGCCGACUCGCCGCCUAGCGGCGCCCCGCAGCCCCCCGCUGCGGGAGCCGUGCUACAACCCGGCGCAGUGCGAUCUAGAAGGCAGACUCCACUCCCGUUUCUAGGACUCGGUACGUUCUAGAAGGUGCCGGGAGCCGCUCUAGAACCCAGCCGGGAAAGCCCCGAGGUUUAGACCCGGGGCUAUUCUGGAAGACGCGCCUCCGCGGCAGGUGGAGCAGUUCUGGAGCCCGAGGGGCCGCGUUGUAGCGAUCGGCGCUGAGCCGCUUUGGAACCCGAUCUCUGCAGGGGAAGGGGGCGGCUAUCGCACCCAGCCAGCGGGGUGCAGAGGGGCCCGCCUGCUGCAGCCAUGCUGGAGUCGGCGGUGCGGCUGGCCCUGGGAGCCGGCGAGCUGGUGGCUCCGGGACCGCAGCUCUCGGAGCGGCUGGCCCUGCUGCAGGCGCAGGUGCUCGCUUCCCUCUGGCCCAUGCUGCUGCUAGGAGGGGCCGUGGCGCUGCUUGUCCUGUUGGGGAUGCUCCGGCGCUGGGACCGGGCGCGGCCGGGCCCCCAGCACAGCGCGGCGGGGGAGGAGGGUGGCGCUGGGUCUGCCAGCUCCGAGGAAGGACGGCUGCCAGCGCCGGCCCCGCGGACACAGAACGGGAUAGCUGGGCAGCAGGAGCAAAGGGCGAGGCAGAGCCACGAGGCAAAGGUUCCAGUGAAUUGUCAGCUUCUAACCUCUGUUGGCAUGAGAGAAAAAACGCUACUGAAGUCUAAGAAAAAGAAGAAGACCCAGUGCUCAGAAAAGGGGGCAUCAAAAGACCACGUCUCUGCUGAAAAAGACAAAUUGCCAGAAGAAGAGGAAGGUGUUUGGCAGACUAAGAUCAGUAGCCGAGAAAAAAGACACUUAAGGAAAGAACGUCUGAAACGAAAAGAAAACCCUAGCAGAGUGUCAUCCGGUACCAUGGUGGUUGAAGCAGUCUGUGAUGGGGAUGGGAAAGGAACCGGUUGGCCACACACUGUGAGUGGGACAGAGGACAACAGCAGUAGUGGACAGGGAGCUCUCUGUGAGUCAGGGACAAAGACAGACGGUGGUUCCACUGUUAGGAACUCAGAAGCCACAGGAGAAGAAUCUGAGCCCACACGGUCUGAAGAGGAUGUUUUUUCCAAUGUAGGAACAUGGGAUAUUGCAGAAGCAAAAGCUUAUCCUGUGACCUUUGGGACUUUACCAGAGCUGUCCAUGGAGUUAAGUAAUCUGAAGAGUAAAUCAUCUCAGGACAACCCCUCCAAAUAUCAUUGGAAUGCCAACUUACCCUUCCUCACAGUGGAUGAUGCAUGGCUUGGGCAGCAUGAUCCCUUAGCAAUUGACCUCAAUUCCGAUUGGAAUGCUCCCACAGAGGAGUGGGGAAACUGGCUGGGAGAGGAGGAGACAUGCACAGGACCAGAGAGCGAGAAGCCUCAGCAAGGUUUGGAAAUGAGAACAGAGGAAAGUCGAAGGGAGUUGAUAUCUAUGAAACACAGUAGUCAUGCCACCUGUACCUCUUUUAAAAUACCCCAAGACCCUGCUAACAAUUUACCCCAUAAUGAUGUACCUGGUAAAAAGGAGAGGCGGAAGAGGAAGAAAAUGAGGAAAGAGACUUGAUGGGGCUGUGUAGCUGACAGUGUGAAAACCAAAUAGCACGUGUGCUGAUUAGCUGCAAGAGUUCUGCUUUCUGUGGUGAUGCACUGAGCCCAAAGCAAAGAGAGGAUCUAGAAGAAUCCCAAUAAAUGGGAGAAGAGGAGAACAGGAACAGUGAGCGGGAGAGGAAGAGGGAGAGCGAGAAAGAGAGUGUGUGUGUGUGUGUGUGAGAGAGAGAGAGAGAGAGAAUGAACCAUGAUAAUGUGUGCAGGAGCUGGUGUUGAAACAGGGUUGCUGUUUAAAAACAACCCACUGCCCUUGAUCACUUAAAGAAAACUAUUGAGUAGGUUUUAGACCAUUUACAUUAAACCCUUCAGUGUCCUGUUACUUAUCAAGUUGCCAUGUUGUAUGACAUUAUAGAAUUAGUCAAAAUCCAUAAAUGACCAUGAUUGUAUUUAGAUUCUAUAGAAGAUCCACCCUUUAUUCCAGCCUCCAUUUGCAAUUUAAAAUGUGAUGUGUGCAGAUGUGCUCACUGACAGGUUAAUAAUGUACAGAAGGUGGGUGGUACAUGCUAAAGCAGCUAUAAAUCAUAAGAAAGCAGUUGUUAGACCUACAAAGAACAGCACCACUCACCCGCAAAUCUUCUCUGAAUCUUUUUAACCCCUUGCAGUUGUUGAAGUUGGAUUUUUACCUAACACAGUGACAUUUUAAUGUAUUUCAGCUCAGACGCAGACCAGUUGGCUCCAAAGGUGAAAAUUUCUAAAGGAGAUUUUAAUUUACUUAGAAAAGUUGUGUAACUUUUCUGUUUUUGUGGUGGGCUAGAGCUCAGAAGCCUGUAUGUUAAAAGCAUGAUCUUUUUGCUAUAACUGUAUUUUAGCCUGAGAGAUCUUGUUGAGGACAUUUUUCCAAUCUGCAGUUUGGCAGUUUUUACCAUUUUAUUACUUAAUUUCUAAUAUUAUAAGCCAAGUAUCUAGAUGAAAGUUAAAAAAAAUGGUUUUUAUGGUGAAGGGCAUAUACUUCUCAUCUUCAAAGGGCUAUUUAAAACAGAAAAUAUCCAGUAUUGAAAAACAAAUUGUUCUACCUUAAAUGCCAAGAGUCUGUGAAAGGUGUGAGAUUGACACCCCUGGUGGCUCUUUAUCCACAGAACAUCUACAGCACAGCAGUAACUAUAAAUGCUUUCCUGUACUCCCAGAGAAUAUGCCUCAACCCUGAUCCAUCUUGGCAAGGCCACCUCGAUGCGUGAGAUGAUAGUUAUUCAGUCUCUGUGCCUAUUCAACUAUGUGCCUCUGAUGAAACUGCUAAAAAGGUUUCCAGUUACAGUUGGGUGUAAAAUUGACAUUCGUUCCCAGUUAGUCUGACAUCACAAAAGUCAUUUCACAUAGGCCACCAUCAGCUGUUAACAGCUUGGAGUCAUUACCAGAUACACUCACACUGGAACCACUGAGCUAGAGGUAAAAAGCUCCAUACCUCAGUAACUUGAACCACACAGUCCCUGUUGCCAAUGUAUUUGUGUAAGUGUAAUCUUAUCUAAAACCCUGAGUGCUUACAUGUUGGCUUUCACCCAUGCUGUAGGAUUUAAAUCAUUAGUAUCCCUUAAAGAAGCUACUGCACAGAAAUACUGUAUUUAUCAAUAUAUGUAAAAGAGCAAUUAUCCUAUGGUCUAAGCACCUUUGACACAAAUUAAAGAUACAGUUAAUCAAAGUAAUACCAGCAGCUAACCUACUACCAUAAAACACACACACACACACACACCCAGACAGUUGCCCCAUCUAGCUACUUCCUCACACAGAACCAGAGAUAAUAAAUGAGCCUUGCAAUGUGCCCUGAGGGUGAACAAAACAAGGUUAGUUCAGAGUCAGACACAUAGUUGUGAGCUUUUUUCCCGUCAUAGAGGAUAUUUUUAAGUGAGGCCAUUCAAUAAUACACUUUAGAAUUUUCAUAUCUUACAUAUCAGUUAAGAGAAAAUAUAGGCAAUUAAUGAACGAGGCUAAUAAAGCAAACAAUGUCUUCCUUGAAAAGCAGCUUGUUAAUACCAUAUGCAUAAAACUAACAAGAAAAUACUUGACCUUGUUGAGAAAACAAAUCUAGUGAGGAUUCGGACUUAGAGGAUGGAUUAAUUAAAUAUGUAAAUAACAGGUGAAAUUCUAGCCCCAUUGAAAUCGAUGGCAAAGCUCCCAUUAAUUCCACUGUGGCCAGGAUUUUACCUGAAAUCUUUAUUUAGCAGCAGAAGAUAAUUUCCAUUGCUGAAUAAAAAGAGAAAAUAUCUUAAUGAAAGAUGUAAGAGAAGUUAAGGUUGGUAAACUCAGAAUUUCACCUACCUUUUCUUAUAUGUCUGUCUGCAAACUUUGCAAUGUUCAUGUAAUGUUGUUUUAUUUCCAAAGUGAAAUGUUUUAUUUUUUUUCUAAUAAAAAUUAUUAAAAUCACUGGCAACAGCCGAGUAACUUCUGAGCAACCCUCCAGUAACAAGUGUGUGUUAGAGAGAAAGAGAGGUGGAGGAAAAAGCUUUUUGGCAAGGAAACAUUUCAUUUUCAGGCUUCCACAGGGAUAUUGUGAAACAAUUUUUCAAGAAUGGGAAAAUCUCUCAACAGUGUUUUUUAAGGAAAACUUAUUGAAGUUUUUAUUUUGUUAGAAUAAAAGAACCCAUGCAGUGGGCAAAUGACAUUCACUUGUACAGCUGAGAGUCUGACAACAGAUUAUAUAUGGCCCAGUUCUGUCGUGUUUAUUAAUACAACUCCCACUGAAGUCAGCUGGACCGUGGCCACAUUAGCAAACCCUGUAACCAUAUUUCCCCACUAGUGCAGCUUCCCCAGUGGUAGUAAGUGGUCACUGUAAUGUAGACAGAGCUCAGAUGUUCAUACCAUUGUAUCAUCUAACCUUAUGUCGUAUUAAUGUGAAAAUGAAUUGUUAUACAAAAUGCCAUAGGAAGGAGAAUAUAUCCCCAAAACUACAAUAUUAAUCGAGCAUGCUCUCCUAUAUGCAUGCACAGUUCCAAGGCUGCUUGUACACUUGCAUACUCUGGCUGUAAUUCACUACCAAAGGUGUCAGUGUUACUGGUAUGAGUGGUGGAAGGGCUAGUCUAGGUAAAGGGUCAGGUACAUAGUGGUAAAACUGCCUGAGCCCUGUCUUAAUUACAUCUUCCAUUAUUGCUACCAUGCGUGGAGCUGCACAACCUGACAAGAUUUUCAAAACUGUGUGCGGAGUUUGCCUGAGGUUAAGCUACUAAAUAAAUGGCCUGAUUUUUCACUGUGUACCUCCUAUAAAGUUCUAUGUGUAUUCUUUUACUUUCUGUCUUUAAGGGCUGAAAAACCAUAACUCACUGAAAUCAAUAGGGUAUGCGGGUGGCCAUCACCUCUGAAAAUCAGGUCCUUACACCUUUGUGAAAUUGCCUCUUUCAUCUGUGGAACCGCAUGCUAUUUUCUAGCUCGUUCCUUAUAUACUUUUAAAAUGCCACAUUUCUUUCUCAGUACCACCUGCUUCUGAGAAAGAAGUAAUAAGAAUCCAUGCAGUAGGCAGAUAUUGGACUACCAGCCC